AUGUCUGGGGUUUCAGCCGCAACAGCAGCAGCUGCAGCAGCUGCAGCAGCAUCAGCAGCAGCAGCACAUUUGCUGCUCCCUCUAGGCUCUCCUCAUGCAGAGAAAGACCCUCGGCUCCAAGGCAUUACUCUUGAUGGACACUUUGGUAGUGGUUGGGUAUGGCUAUGUAUAAACAAAGAAGGAGGAGAAAUAAAAGAAACACAUGAUGGUGUAUCUGCACCUUCACAAGAUUUAAUUCCUCUUCUUACUAUUGAUGUAUGGGAACAUGCCUACUAUAUUGACUACAAGAACGCCCGCGCUUCUUAUGUUGACCGUUUCUGGGGGUCUGUGAACUGGGAAGUUGUAGAGAAAAGAUUAACAGCAGCAGAAACCCUUUUCUAG